UAGAAUAAUUUAAGUGGGGAGGUGAUCUAAAAAGCAGUGCCCCAAGAAAUAUGUAACAAAAGCCCUAUUUGGAAAAUAAUUAAUACAGAUAAUCUUUCUUGACUCUGUUCACACUCCUUAUUGAGGUUUUUGGAAGCAGAUGCAGCAAUAUCAGUCCACUUGCAGUAUUUAUAGUUCAUAUAGGAUUUAGGAAACAGAGGUUGAAGCAAUGGACACAAUAUUUUCUACGGUGUCAGUUAUUCUGGUAGGAGCCGCCACAAUUUUUCUUGUGACAGCAAUUCUAGUAAAAUACCUUGGAAAUUAUAGGAGCCGCCUCCCUCCAGGCCCCAGAGCCAUUCCUGUAAUUGGUCACCUUCAUCUUCUCAGAGAUAAAAGUAGGCCAACUCAUCAUAUUCUAAAUUCACUCUCAUCGAUCUAUGGGCCUAUUAUGCAUCUCAAAUUUGGUAGCGUUCAUGUUUUGGUGAUAAGUUCUUCAGAUUUAGCCAGAGAAUGUUUUACGGUAAAUGAUAAGGCUUUUGCUUCUCGCCCUCGGCUUGCACAUGCCCAGCACUUGGGCUACAACUAUUCUAUGUUGGGUUGGGCUCCUUAUGGCCCCUUCUGGAGGAAUGCUAGAAAAAUCUGCGUGCUUGAGGUUCUGUCUUCCAAAAGAAUCCAAUCAUUUAGACCCAAGAGAAUGAAAGAGAUUUCUAAGGCAGUAAAUUCUCUGUUUCAACAGUCACAAUUGCAGAGUAUUGUGAACAUGAGAAGUGUUUUGUCCCAACUGACUUUUAACAUACUGAUGGCUAUGAUCGUAGAUGAGAGGUAUUUUGGCGAGCAAUCAGGUAUUUCGGUAGAAUUGGUUACCCGUCUGAUUAAAGAGACAUCUGUCCUGAAAGGAGUAAUUUGUAUUGGGGAUUAUAUUCCCUGGUUGAAAUGGCUUGAUUUGCAGGGGUACGAGAAGGCUAUGAAGAAGGUACAGGGGAAACUAGAUUUGUUUAUGCAGAGAAUUCUGGACAAGCAUAGGAAUGGAUUAAACGAGGAGAGAGUGAUGGAAGACUUUAUCGAUGUGCUGAUCUCGCAGGCAGAGGAGAAUUCUGAAGCGAUUCCUGAUAAAGAUGCAUUCAUUAAGGCAACUGCUCUUGUUAUGUUAAAUGCAGGAUCUGAUACAUCUUCAGUUGCACUAGAGUGGGCAAUAACAAUGUUACUGCAACAUCCCCAAGUAAUGAAAAAAGCACAAGAGGAACUUGAUUAUAAAGUUGGACGAGAGAGAAUUGUGGAGGAAUCAGAUAUCCACCAGUUAACAUACCUGCAAGCAAUAGUUAAAGAGACUUUGCGUCUUCAUCCAUCGGCACCUCUGUUGUUGCCACACAAAUCUAUUGAGGCUUGCACAAUAGGAGGAUAUCAUAUUCCUGCAGGAACAACGCUCAUGGUAAAUGCAUGGGCAAUUCAUAGAGACCCGAAAGUGUGGAAUAAGCCACUAGAAUUUAUACCAGAGCGUUUUAUAGAGAAGGCGAUAGAGGUAGAUAGCAUGCAAAUGAGAGAGAAUGAGUUUGAGAUGAUUCCUUUUGGGGCAGGGAGAAGAUCAUGUCCAGGUGCUUCUUUGGCAAUGAGUAUGGUGCAAACAACUCUUGCAAGAUUGUUGCAGAGCUUUGACUGGUUUGUUCCAGAUGGAAGAGUCACUGACGUGAAUGAAGGGGUCAGUUUUACAAUGCCAAGAGCAAUUCCUUUGGAGGUUACCAUCAAGCCUCGUCUUUCCUAUCAUCUAUACCAGUAAGAAAUCUAGUCACAGACCAUUGAACUCCUUUGUUUUUGUUUAUGGUUUAAAUUUUGAAUAAAAUACUGCUCAUAUGAUUGGGAGCACAAACAAUCUAUAAGCUUCUGUUUAGUACCAAAGAUAAAUGAGAUCCUUCCAUGUUUUGGAUCAAAAAGAUUUCCGAAGGAAAACAUAUUGUAAUUUCAUUUUUUCUGGAGAAACUUUGUGCAGGCAAAUGAAGCCCGUGUUACAAUGUUACUGCUUCCAGAAAUUAUUAGAAGUACCAACAGUAUCAUUA